UUACUAGAAAAUUUUUUACAGUCGUUAGUUGGCAGCAGAAGUGAACAAAUCGAAGUGCAGAUUUGUAGUGUCUAAAAAAUAAAUUUAAAUUAGUCAAGAAAUUUUUAAUCUUAAGAAAGAAACGUGUUAAUUAAAUAUAAUGAAGUCAUCUCUAGCCCUUUUAUUAGUGGCUGCAUUUUUAUGCACAUGUAAUGCUAAAGUACAUUAUGAAGAAAAUUUCAAAGAUGAUUCUUGGGAAGACACAUGGAUUUACAGCAAGCAUCCAGGAAAAGAAUUUGGAAAAUUUGUAAGAACUUCUGGCAAGUUCUAUAAUGACGAAGAAGCAGAUAAAGGUUUACAGACAUCUCAAGACGCCCGCUUCUAUGCUUUAUCUCACAAAUUUGCACCGUUUACAAACAAAGAUAAGCCUCUAGUUAUUCAAUUCUCCGUAAAACACGAACAAAAUAUUGAUUGCGGUGGUGGAUAUGUUAAGGUGUUCGAUUGUUCACUUGACCAGACUGAUAUGCAUGGUGAAUCACCAUACGAAAUAAUGUUUGGGCCUGAUAUAUGUGGUCCAGGAACUAAAAAAGUUCAUGUUAUUUUCAGUUAUAAGGGCAAAAAUCAUUUAAUUAAUAAAGAAAUCAGAUGCAAGGAUGAUGUACAUACUCAUUUCUAUACAUUGAUAGUCAAACCAGAUAAUACAUAUGAAGUAUUAAUUGAUAAUGAAAAGGUUGAGUCUGGAAAUCUUGAAGAUGAUUGGUCAUUCUUACCACCAAAGAAAAUUAAAGAUCCAGAAGCAAAAAAACCUGAAGAUUGGGAUGAAAGAGCUACAAUUCCUGACCCAGAUGAUAAAAAACCAGAAGAUUGGGACAAACCAGAACAUAUUCCAGAUCCAGAAGCUGUAAAACCAGAAGAUUGGGAUGAUGAAAUGGAUGGUGAAUGGGAACCAGCAAUGAUUGAUAAUCCUGAAUACAAAGGAGAAUGGACUCCCAAACAAAUUGAUAAUCCUAAUUAUAAAGGAGUAUGGCAGCAUCCAGAAAUUGAUAAUCCUGAAUAUACACCGGAUAGCAAUUUAUAUUUACGUAAAGAAUUAUGCACAAUUGGUUUCGAUUUAUGGCAAGUAAAAUCUGGCACCAUCUUCGAUAAUAUCUUAAUUACUGAUGAUCUUGAGUACGCUAGCAAAGUAGCCGGUUCUGUUAAAACUACCCAAGAAGGUGAAAAAAAAAUGAAAGAUAUUCAAGACGAGGAGGAAAGAAAGAAAAUGGAAGAAGAAUCCAAAAAGGACGCAAAAGAUAACGAAGAUGAUGAAGAUGAUGAUGAUAAAGAAGACGAUGAUGUAACAACUGGCCAAGCAGAUGCUGAUGAUUCAAAUGAACAUGAUGAACUGUAGAAAUAAAAUGCCGUAUAGUUUACGAAAACAAACUUUAGGAUACUAGGUUAAAUUAAAAAUAAAAUAAUUUUUGAGUUUGUUGGCGAAAAAAUUUGUAUUAGAACUUUUUUUAAUUAUUUAUGAAUGAUUAAAGUAUAUAAUUAUAUGUAUACAUUUUUGUAUAUGAAAAAAAAGAGUGAAUCACAAUAUUAAAUAUAUGAACGUUUGAUUUUUAAA